GUCAAAAUUUCAGAGCUGGAAGAAACCUCGGGGGAGGGAUAGGUUUCUUAUAAGAAUCCGUUGCUCUCCUAGGGGAUUGAGAGUACACUUAAUCGUGAUGAGCAUGAAGUAGUCAAUAUACUGUACAUCUGGAACUAAUAUAACACUAUGUUAAUUAUACUGGAAUUAAAAUUUUUAAGAAAAGUGCUCUUUUGAGCACAGGGUGUUUUUCAGAUGCGUGGACUCUUGAGGUAAGAACAAUAGAUCUAGUCCUGAUUUUUCACUUCUCAGAUGAAGAAACGUAGGCUUAGAAAGGUGAGAUGACUUGCCUAAACCUACAUAGCUUACCUUUUAACUUCUAGCUAAGUCAUAAAAUGUGCCCCUUGGAAUUCAUUUUUCUCUUUUUUUUCCCCAUUGCAUUCAACUAGAGGUGAGAACAAUUAAUGUAACUACAGAGUGUAUCUGAAGGUUAAAUAGGAGAAAACACAUGCAACAUUGUGUUUUACUGUGUAGCAUAGUUACUGAUGAUGCCUCCAGAUAGAUGACGCUCACAGAUACUCAUUGUGAGAAAAACUUGAAAACCUCUGUAUUUUUAGCCAUUUAUUCCAUAAAUAUUUAUCGAGCAUGGAUAUGGUCUUUGCACUAAUGAAACUGACAUCCUGGUGGAAGACCGUAAACUACUAAACAGAAUACCCAGAUAGUGAUUAAGUUGCUACACAGAGAAUUAAAAUAAGCAUUGACAUAGCAAGUUACAUUAGGUGGCCAAGGGAGGUCCCCAGAAAGUGUGGCUUUGAAGUUGCUGUCUAUCAACUAGAAGUCAUUCAGCUAGGGCUCAGGGAAUUGAGGUUUCCAGGCAAGUAUAGAAGCCUUGAGGCAAAUACAGGGCUGAUAACGUUUAAGGAAUGGAAGAAGGCCAUUGUGGCUGGAGAAUUAGUAGGUGAGGAGGAGAAUGGUGAGAGAUGAGGUAGGGUUUGAAAGCCAGGUUAAUGAGUUUGGAAUUUAUUCUAGGGCUGAUUGGAAGCCAUCAAAAUUUUUUAAAUGGGAGCAUCAUGAUCUGAUUUGCAUUUUUUAAAGGUCAUCCUACUUGUGGAGCAUAGAAUGUAGGGGAGUCGGGUUAGAAGUGGGACAACCAGUUAGGAGGCUGCUGUUCGUGUGGUUCUAUAGGGUCCGGAUUAGUGUGUUGGUAGCCUCAGUAGAUAAAGGGGAGCCCCUGUGGGGUUUAUGUUAGUGUUGGAGUUUAAAGAACUUACAGUAGGUGGCAGGGAAGGAGACGUGGAAUCAAGGGUAAUUCUGGACUUUUGAGAAACUGAGUGGAUGGUGCCUUUUCAGACGGGAGGAAGAGUGUAGAGUUAGGUUCUGAAGAUCUGAUAUUUGAGACUUGGGCUCCAUUGGGGGAGACUUUGUUGUGAGACUUUGGGCAAGUAUCUUGUCUUCUUUAUGAACUUUCCCCAUCUGUAAAAGAAGGGGUCUAGACAUUCUUUAAAGUCUCUUCUACGUUUAGUGUUUUCUGAGCUGUGGGUUGAUUCUAAUUCAAGAUACUCUGUGAAAGUACAAGAGUAGGUUUUACUAAGGGGCAAUAUUAAGAGCAAGUAAGCCAUGAUGGGAGGCCAAGACUUGCUGGUGUUGCCUAAGCUUCCUCUGUCAGCUCUGUUCUAUGGAGGAGAACACCGCUCUGGUUGAGUUCCUUGAAGCCUUUUUGAACUCCUUUCAAGCUGUUGGAUGCGGGUGGAGGAUGAUGAGAGCAAAAGCAGACAUGUGUCAGUUUAAAUUCCACAUCUAUGUAUUUAGUAAGUGGAGGCCUAAAUCACACUGUUAACAUUUGGGAUUUAAAAUCAAAAAGAAUUCAUCGAUCUCUUAAGGAUCAUAAAGAUGAAGUAACUUGUGUCACAUACAAUUGGAAUGACUGCUACAUUGCUUCUGGAUCUCUCAGUGGUGAAAUUAUUUUGCACAGUGUAACCACUAAUUUAUCUAGUACUCCCUUUGGCCAUGGCAGUAACCAGUCUGUUCGGCACUUGAAGUACUCCUUGUUUAAGAAAUCACUACUGGGCAGUGUUUCGGAUAACGGAAUAGUAACUCUCUGGGAUGUGAAUAGUCAGAGUCCAUACCAUAACUUUGACAGUACACAUAAAGCUCCAGCUUCAGGCAUCUGUUUUUCUCCUGUCAAUGAAUUGUUAUUUGUGACUAUAGGCUUGGAUAAAAGAAUCAUUCUCUAUGACACUUCAAGUAAGAAGCUAGUGAAAACCUUAGUGGCCGACACCCCUCUGACUGCAGUGGACUUCAUGCCUGAUGGAGCCACUUUGGCUAUUGGAUCUUCCCGUGGGAAAAUAUAUCAGUAUGAUUUAAGGAUGUUGAAAUCACCAGUUAAAACCAUCAGUGCUCACAAGACAUCUGUGCGGUGUAUAGCAUUUCAGUACUCCACUGCUCUUUCUAAGUCAAGUUUAAAUAAAGGCUGUUCAAAUAAGCCCACAGCUGUGAACAAACGAGCCAUUAAUGUGAGCGCUACCAGUGGAGGAGUUCAGAAUUCUGGAGUCGUCAGAGAAGCAGCCACCACUCCCAUUGGCACGGCUCUACCACAGCCCAUGACAACAGCCGGGGGGAAAGGAGCAGUUGCUGUGCAAGACAAAGCAGGCUUGCCUCGAAGCAUAAACACUGAUACUAUAACUAAGGAAACGGACAGUGGGAAAAAUCAGGAUUUCUUCAGCUUUGAUGAUACCAGAAAAAGUAGUUUAGGUGACAUGUUCUCACCUAUCAGAGAUGAUGCUGUGGUUAACAAGGGAGGUGAUGAGUCCAUAGGCAAAGAUGGCCUUGACUUUCUACCACAAUUGAAUUCAGUCCUUCCUCCAAGAAAAAAUCCAGUAGCUUCAAGCACUUCAGUGUUGCAUUCUAGUCCUCUGAAUGUCUUUAUGGGAUCUCCAGGGAAAGAAGAAAAUGAAAAUCAUGAUCUGACAGCUGAAUCUAAGAAAAUAUAUCUGGGAAAACAGGAACCUAAGGACUCCCUCAAACAGUUUGCAAAGUUGAUUUCUGGUGCUGAAACUGGAAAUCUGAAUACCUCUCCGUCAUCUAACCAAACAAGAAGUCCUGAGAAAUUUGAAAGGCCAGAGAAAGAAAUUGAAGCCCAGUUCAUAUAUGAACCCCCCCUCAUUGGAUCCUCAACUCCAAAUCCAAAGAUAGCAGCAUCCUCUGUCACGGCUGGAGUUGCCAGUUCGCUAUCGGAAAAAAUAGCUGAUACCAUCGGAAAUAAUAGGCCAAAUGCACCACUGACAUCUGUUCAGAUCCGUUUUAUUCAGAACAUGAUACAGGAGACAUUGGAUGACUUUAGAGAAGCGUGCCAUAGAGACAUUGUGAAUUUGCAAGUGGAGAUGAUUAAACAGUUUCACAUGCAAUUGAAUGAAAUGCACUCUUUACUGGAAAGAUACUCAGUGAAUGAAGGUUUAGUGGCUGAAAUUGAAAGACUACGAGAAGAAAACAAAAGACUACGGGCCCACUUUUGAAAUUUCAGUGAAUACCUUAGUGUUUUAUAAUUUGGGAAGCUUCUGGCAACACAGAACUGCAUGGAAUCAGUAUUGUUUUCAUGGUCUCUAGGAAAAAAGUUUUUUUCAAGUAAAAUGGUGAUGGGAUUUUAUACCAACCACUAUUUCACCUUCUCUGUCAAAGAUAUUUAUAUUUUUAUAUUAAAAACUGUACAACAUGUCAUCUGCCUAAUAGGAAAGUCAACAGGAUCUAUAAUUUCUGAAAGCUUUAGCUAUACACUAAGUGCCCUUUUUCAUAAGAAAACAAAAUUGUGCAAAAAAAUAGGUUAUGUAUGUUUUUUAAUCACCUUUUUUUAACAGAUAAUAUUUUUGAUUGACAGUUGCCUUCCAAAUUUUUUUGGAUAUUUGAGGAUUAAAGAGUUUGAUAUGCCUUCUAUUUUUAUGAUGAAAGUAAUUUUUAAAUGGCAGUUGGUGUUUCUAAGCAAUUGACUAGUAAAACACAAGGUUGGUUAGUAAUUAUUUUGUUAACUUGAUAAAGUCAAGUAUGACUAUUAUUUAUUACUUGUACAUUUCAUAAGAAAAUUUGGGGAAUUUUGAAUUGCACAGAUUACAUCAUAUAUCUAUUGCAUUUAUGUGUUUUGUACUUCUCACAAAUCUCUACUCCUGUUUGCUAUUUUUCAGCUAAUUUCACUUUACCUAUGAAGACGUUUAGGGGUUUAUAAGACUUGACUAGAGCUGCAUAUCUGCUGAUUGUCUCAUGAAUUAAUAACAUGCAAAGUUAUUCUGUAAAGUUUUAAUCAAUAUGAUUCAACUUACAAUGAGUGAAAAUUUUAUAUUAGAUGCUAAGUAUUCAGUAUUAGUCCCAUUUUUUCCCUUCCAAAUGAGAAGUAUGGAUUAUUUUUUUCUGUGGUUUAUAUCAUUAACUUUCUCUAUUUCUUUGUGUGCUGUGUGUAAUGUCUUUAUUGACCUUACCAUAAAAUUUAGAAAGGUUAAUUGUCAAAAGAAUUCAUACCUCUCUGGUAUGGGUGGAGGUAUACAUCUACCUGCUAUGAUAUACAGUCUUAGUGAUAUAAGAUUAGGAGGGCUACUGGCUUAUUUACCUUCUUGUAGUCUCUUGUCCCAAAGAUUUAAACUAUGUACCUUGUAUCCAGCACUACUACCCAAUUUUGACUUCUGAGAUAAAAAUAUUUACUAAAGUAAAAAGGAAAUCUAGCUAGCUUACUAACUUUAUGGUUUUCCAAAGUGGUGGAAAUUUUAAGGAUAUAUUUAAUAAGUGUAAACCUACUAAUAAUUACUUCAGGAAAUAAAAACAGAAAUCUUUCUUUUUCCCAUUGUGGCUCAGAGAAUGUUUGUGUUAAAGUAUACAUGGGUGCUAAUGUGAUCUUUUCUUCCUGACAGAUUAUUGGAAGCAUUAUGAUUUGUAACAAGUUUCCUUAUAUAUCAUUAUCAAACAUGUUUAGAAAGCAUAAAGUGUGUUUUGCCUGCAUGCUGUAUUUAAGUCCAUUAAUAUUUUCCUGUUGCCUUUUUCUAUAAAUGCACAUAAUGUGUAUUAAAAGAGGUGGGAUAAAUAAAACAAUUUUAGUAACUUUAUGCGUAUAGAUGAAACAUUUUGUCACGGAAUUUAAAAGUUACGAAGUACAAAAAGUAAAAUUUUUAUAUGGUAAAAAUGA